CUUUUAUUUAAGAAGGUAAGAAAAGAACAAAACCCUGAUAAAACCCUAGUCAGUUUAUCCUGCGUGUGUAAUCAUCAUCAUCAUCAUCUUAGUGAUGAAGAAACACACCACGCUGAAACCAAAUAAUGUAUUUUUAUAACUAUGAAUAAGCAACGUUUAAUGAGGUCAUUUUCCAAAACCCUAACUCACUCUCAUCAUUCAUUCUCCACAUCAUCAUCAUCAAAUAAUUUCGCUAUUAAAAAUGUUACGAAAUCAAACUUCGAUUCAUGUCUGUCUGACCUCCGCCGUCAUGUCAAAGACGCAGACUUCGUGGCAAUCGAUUUGGAAAUGACCGGCGUGACGAGUGCACCGUGGAGAGAAUCAUUUGAGUUUGAUAGAUAUGAUGUUAGAUAUCUCAAGGUUAAAGAUUCUGCCGAUAAAUUCGCCGUUGUUCAGUUCGGUGUUUGCCCCUUUCGCUGGGACCGAAGCAAGCAUUCCUUCGUCGCCCAUCCACACAACUUUUAUAUAUUUCCGCGGCAAGAAGUUGGUGGAGAUGAUGGAUCGUAUGAGUUCUUCUGUCAGACUUCCUCGAUUGAUUUCUUGUCAAAGUACCAGUUUGAUUUCAAUUUGUGUGUUAAAGAAGGAAUAUCUUACUUAUCCAGAGCCCUAGAAGACAAAGCAAGGUUGCAAUUACAUUCAGUACAUGAGGAUGAGUUAUCAGAGUCAUCAUGCACAGUUAAAGAUAUUAAAGAUCUUCCACUGGUCAGAAUGACAGAUAUUCUUUUUGUGGAGAGAAUGAAGACCAAGAUUAGUGAAUGGCAUGACGAUCUCUUACUGACUAGAAAUGGAAGGCCUGGGAGGACUCCUGAAGAUUCUAGUGACUCGAUUGCUCAUUUUCAGACCAUUUUCUUUAGGAUGCGUCCAGCUAUUAAACUAAAUGGAUUCACUUCCCGCCAACUAAGGUUGAUUAAGUCGGUUGUAGAAAAGAGCUUCAAAGAUUUAGCUUACAUCCGUGUAAAUGAUGGAUCAUGUGCUCAACAAUUAAUUGUCUACACAGAAUCCAGAAGUGACCUAGAUUUGCUUAUGAAAGAGGUUAAAGGAAUCCAUUUUAAGGAAGCAGAGAUGAAGAUCGGAACUGCCAUUGGCUUCCGGCAUGUGAUCGACCUCCUUUCCUCUGAACAAAAGUUGAUUGUUGGUCACAAUUGCUUUCUUGAUAUUGCACAUGUAUGUAGAAAAUUCAUAGGUCCUCUUCCUUUGAAUCUUAAGGAAUUUGUUACAUUGGUUCAAAAAAACUUCCCGUACAUAAUUGACACAAAGAUCCUUCUGAAUGGAAAUAGCAUGUUGCAAUUGAAGAUGAAGAAGAGUAGCACAUCACUGGCCAAAGCUUUUGCCAUCAUAUGUCCGCAUAUUGCUUCUGCUGACAACAUGCUUGGUCCAGCUCAAAGUCCCUCUGUUUCGGUGGAAGUUCAAGUAGAUGAUAUGAGUUCAUCAAGCUGGAACUCUGGAGCUAAACACGAAGCUGGUUAUGAUGCCUUCAUGACAGGGUGCAUAUUUGCCCAAGCAUGCAAUCUUCUUGAUAUUGAUUUCAGUUCUCAUUUGAUGUUGAUGAAAGAAGAGAAGCUUAGAAACUACAUCAAUCUUCUUUACCUAAGCUGGACCAGCGGGGACAUAGUUGACCUAAAAACUGGUGAAGCUACAACUGAAUGUUCAGCAUUUAUGACUUUUAAAAUCCAACAACCGAAGAUUCUGUUUUCAAAUAUUGUCUUAAUUUGGGGCUUCUCUCCUACUCUCAAGGCAAAACCGAUAAAAGAAACCUUGUGUAAAGUUUUUGGGUUGACUUCAGUUACAUCCAUCUACCAUUUGGACAAGACUGCUGUGUUUGUUCAAUUUAGCCAACCAGAAUUGGUUCAUGAUUUUUUGGAACUAAAAUCUAAGAUUGAAAAGAAGAACGAAGCACUUUACGUUUUACACCCUCUUUCGGAUCUUCUAGAAGGUGGACGUACCCGUGCUGCUUCUUACGAGGUAUACAAAGACAUAUGUGGUUCACCCCUUUCCAAAGUCCUCUUCGCAGAUCAAGCUGCAGCUGUUGGUGUUGAUUUGAACACCAAAAUGUUAGAAAGUAAGGCUCAUAAAAAUGGUUCUUUUGAUAAUUCAGACAUCCCAAUGGAUACCAAGAUAUCAGAAACUGAACAACCUAUGAAGUCUUCACCAGGUAGCAAAAAUUUGCAUAGAGAAGAAAUACUAGAUAUAGUAUCUUGCUGAGACGUAUUACAAGAAACUGGGGGAGUUCACGACCUAGUACUCUGUAAUACAUACAAAGUGAAGCUGUUGGCAACUUAGUACAGGUUAAUACAUUCAUUCUAUGAUUGUGAAAAUGCUGCGAGGAUUUAUAAAAGCAUGUCUCCAUGUUACAACUUUCAUAAGAUGAAGCAAAUGUUGUUUGAACGGUUCAAAGUCACCCCAAAUAUCGAUAUCGAUGACAAUAGGAUUUUAGUUUGAUGCCGAUUGAUCAUAUAUUUUCUCUAUCGCUGAUCUUUUGUUAAAAAAUAAUAUUUUACCGAAAUAUUUAUUUAGUGGUUAUAAGAUGGGAUAAACUGCUAACGUAUACGUAUACAUACAUGCAGGGUAACUUGCUGAAUCCUUCAAUUAUCUCAAAUUUUCUUUCAAGUCUAUUUAUAGUUUUUAGUUGUUAAAUUUUUUUAAAAUUAUUUUCUUGAUAGCAUUUUUCAUUUUAAAUGUCUUUUGUUGUCACAUACACACAUUGAAUAUGCUAUAUUGAGUUGUACAAUACAACACUGUAAAA